AGAGAGAGUAGGAGAAUGUGCAGCGGAUAUAAACCGUAAAGGUUAAUUGGACAGGUGAGCGGGUGAGGAACACGAGACGGAGGCGGCUGGCUGCGGGAGAAUUUGAUCCUCGGACAGAUUGGAAACUCAAGCAUCGCACUCGUCGUAUAUAAGGCAGAGCCAGCUGUCGGCAGCCACCAAAGAGUCUUAUUUGCUGCUGCUGCUGCUGCUUUUGGACCCGGACCGAGGCAACUGCGGACCAACAUGUCACUCACAUCCAUUCUUUCCGCUGACGACAUCCAAAAUGCCAUUAAGGACUGUGAAGCUCCGGACACUUUCUGCUACAAGAAGUUCUUUAAGCUGUGCGGCCUGUCCUCAAAGACACCCAAGGAGGUCAAAGAUGUGUUCCAGAUCCUCGACGAGGACAACAGCGGCUACAUCGAGCACUCUGAGCUCAAGUUUUUUCUGCAGCGGUUUAUCCCCAGUGCACGGACACUGACUGACGCAGAAACCAAGAGCUUCAUCUCAGCAGCUGAUGAUGACAGCGAUGGCAAAAUUGGAGUAGACGAAUUCCAAUCCAUGGUCCUAUCCUGAGUUUUCAGAU